AUGUACCCUGCUACGUCGGCCCAGUCGUGGCGUGCCAACUCCUUACAUCACCCGUCCAUUCUGCCAUCAGCAAGCCCUCAUGGGUAUGGAGUUCCCGGUCAAUAUCGCCAGCUGCAUCAAUUUCCCCAGGGGCAAGUUCCUUUCGACUCGCGACCCUUGACCCCCUCGGAAAAUUCCGCAUUCCAGUCAUACCAAUUUCCUCGUAACUACUUUCCUCCGCAGCACCUGGCUGUCCCAGAGACAUUUUCCCAAUCGCCGACACCGCAGGCUACGCAGACACCACCUCAAUCAGUCCCAUAUCAACCGAUUGCACCUUCUAAUCCCAUCAAUGGGUAUCCCCUGCCGACACCUUUUUCGGACGAGAAUGCGCAUCCGUUGGAUCUUACGCAGGAGUUUACCGAACCUAUGUCGAACGUGUCGAGCCAUCAAACCAUCAACCCUCAGUUUCUUGAUACGCCGCAAGCUUCCGCUAACCAACAUCCGUCUUUCUCCAACUUUCUUUACGUAAAUCCAAAUGAGUUCCAGGGCUCUCAGGAUCCAAAGGUGUUCGAUUUUUAUCGGAAUGAUAUUCAACUACAGGCAGUGCCGCCCGCUGUUAGCAACCAAGGUGUUCCUAUACGCCCUCAUGGCAUGGAGGCUUUGCUACCAGCAAAUGGUCAAAAACCAAUGGCAGUCCCCAUGCCGAUCAAGGCGGCCGAUGCACGCAGACAAGUACCGAUCACCAAACUACUACCAAAAAGCGCUACCGGCAAAGUGAAUGGUAAGAAUGUUGGUGGGAAAACGGCCUCUUCCGGCUCUGACAGUGAAUCUGAUGACUCGGAUCUCGAGAUUGAGCAACCCCCCGAAGCAUCUCCCCUUCCCCCUUCCCGUCCUACUGAGCCUGAAGCAGCUGCGAACUAUGAUACUCUACGAGCUGUGUGGUUUCCCCGUAAUAGGCGACCUCACGCCGAGAAAGUCAAAAGUGCUUUAGUUGCAUUUAAAGACGUCGUCAAGAAAGUAAGAGAUGCUUGGAAAGACAAGACACAAGCCAUGAAGAUGGCGGGAAACAAGGGCGACAACGACAAAGCAGCCAAGUUCAAGAAGGAGACUGCCUUCCAGAGGCGUUUAAUGGACGUGGUGGUCAAAACCACCCUGGAAAAAGCCCACCCGAUGAUCAUCGAGAAGUUGGGAGAACAUCCAAUUGCGGUGUCUGCCAUGUAUUCAUUUCUCUUGGAUCGCCAUCAGGCUUCUGAUAUCGAUGGGGCGCUUACUGUGAAUCUUCUUGAGUUGCUUUCGCGUUUUACCACUAUGGAUGACGAAGCCCUUCAAAAAACAAAUGUUGCCAAGCUCUUGCCGAGAUUUGUCAAGAAGGGUGGUCCAAAGGUUAGAGGUCUGGCGCAAAGGAUCUUGGACAAUGCCGCCGCAUCCACCAAACGCAAGCAGGAAAAUGGGAAACCAGGGUCAAAGGAGGGAUCUCCUAACAAAAAUGGCACCUCUGCUGAUACAGCGGCUGCAGACGGCCUGCGCCCUGAGGCCACUGGGGCAAAAAGGGUACGUGAAGGUGAUAACAAUGGUUUGCCUGCCACCAAGAAAAUGGUUGUUACAUCCAAUAUCAAGAAUUCCUCCAAGCCCAGCAAUCCCACAACUGCAAAUGGCGCCGUCAAGAAGCCCCAAGAUCCGGCUGCGGCAAUUGCUUCCCGCCCGAAAGCCAACAUUAUUGCACCCAAACCGACCAAUUUAUUCGGAAGUUUGAGUUCCGCCUCGAAGAGACCCGGUACCUCGAAUGCGGAGAGAGCCGCGGCGGCCGCGGCGGCGCCGAAGCCCACCCCUUCGGAAAAGAAAGACUCCCAGCCGGCGCCUCCAAGGCCAACUUUCUCUUUUGGUGACUUAAUGGCAGACCUCAAUAAACAAAAGGAACCUGCCCCUGCUCAACCCACCGAGGACAAGACGCCCGAGACUGAAGAGGAGCGUACGAAGAGGCUCCGAAAAGAGGCCAGGCGAAAGCUGCGGGUUAGCUGGAAACCGGAUAACCAGCUUGUCCAAGUUCGCACCUUUACGCAUGACCCUGAGGAGGAACUUCAUCUUGGCGAUCAUGCACAGCGUGAGGUGGGUGAUGUGAAGGGCGAAGGGAGUGUGCUCAAGCUGCAUAGAGACAUGGAUGAGAUGGACGAAGAUGAUGACAACGGUCUCCGAGAGGAAUCUCUGUUCGAAUAUUAUGCACCGUCCGCAAUCGAUGAUGAAAACGCUGCAUCUCAAGACCGUUCUGGCAACUUUAUUAAGCGCGGCGGUGUCCAGCAGCCUGUCAGCCCUGAGAAAGAGGCCCAGGACCACAGGGAAGCCACCACCCUCAUGGUGUUUUACACUUCUCCAGCGGAAGUCCCGUCGACACCAAAGGAGCCUCCCGCGCCGACCGAUGAGGAAAUCGUCACAGAUGUGGUUGAUUUUGGGGAGCUCCCAGACAAGGUCAAGGCCCGACAAGAGCGUUAUUUCGCCAUAGUCAACCCCAAACCUGCGCCUCCGGCCCAGCCGAGCGCACAGAACAACCAAUUUGACAUCUCAAACUUGUUGAAGAUCAUCCAGAAUGCACCUCACACACAGCAGUCGACUCCGCCACCGCCGCCUCCUCAGCCAGCGCCGCAGGCACCCAUGUCUGAUCUGGAGCGAACCGUCAACAUGUUCCGUCAACAACAACAGGCUUCUCAACCCGCCCAAGCGCCAAUGUUGCAGAUGCCUCAAUUCACUCCGGUUUCUCAGCCACCCGCAACAGCUGGCAUUGACUUCCAAAAGAUCUUGGCUGCCAUCAAUACUCCGAACUCGAUUCAACAGCCCCCUGUGAUGCCUCAACCCCCACUGCAGCCUCAACCUCAGCAAUCGCAGGCUAGCAUUCCGCCAAAUCUUGCCGCCAUCAUUUCUCAAAUUGCCAACCCCAAUCAGCAAACAGCUCCAAACUUUCCCCAGCAAGGUAGUUAUGAGGACCCUGAUCGCAAGCGUAUGCGCGAAGGCAACGGGUAUGAUGGACAGGAUGAUGAUCGGUAUGGUCACUCCAAAAGAGGCAGACCAAGCGCCCCUGGCAAAAAACAUCCCAAAGCAGGAUUGGUUCCUUGCCGAUACUGGCCCGAAGGGAAAUGCAUCAAAGGAGAUGACUGUACCUUCCGCCACGAUCCGCUCAACUAA